CUUGCAAUGACACCACGACAAUUUGUGGGCGUUCAUUCUUUGCCUAUGUGAAUUAUAGGUGCACUAGCAGCUGUUAGCAAGUGUGAUAUUCAUCAAGGUCAUUUAUUGCCCAGCUAGCCAGGGCGCACCUCCAUGCUUGGUCACAUUUGGCCUUUUCUUUCUUCUUUAUCUCCUGGUCUACGACGCCGUCAGGUACUUGCAGCCCCAAUUCACGUCGUUUGCUUUCCUAUGUUUGUUUUGAGAGCUUAGUAGAUUGCCAUGGCUCCUGUGAAAGAGGCACCAGUAUCCAGACAGCGCAGAGCCCAACGGAAACGAUCCAAGACGGGCUGCCGAACCUGCCGUGCUCGCCAUAUUAAAUGCGACGAAUCACCCGGUGGCGUAUGCCGAAACUGCACGUCGACAGGUCGCAUAUGUGAAGGAUAUGAUUUGUGCCGGCUGCCUCAUAAACGAUCUGUUGUAUAUUUGCCCGACUUGGCAAGCCGCCUCUGCUGGAUCAUGAACUCGGACGAGAAACGAUGCUUUUCAUAUUUCCAUCAUCACUCCAUCUCGAGUUUAGUUUCCUUCUUCGACUCCCCAUUGUGGCAAAACCUUGUAAGGCAACUCAGUCACACGGAGCCGGCGGUGUAUCAUGCUGCUAAUAUGCUGGGUGCCGUUCAAGAGGACUCAGAAGAAAAUGGCAUGCGUCUGGCAGGCAUCAAUCUGCAUCGUCCACGACAUCGGUUCGCCCUGGAACAGUCUGUACGAUCGUUUGCUCUUCUCAAUAAACGGCAUGCAUCUCAGGAUCCACAAUUGAAAGAGGCAACGCUAGUAUGUUGUCUGCUGUUCACAUUGUCAGAGCUGUUAUUAGGGCAGUAUACUACAGCACUGCGGCAUCUCCGAAGUGGUCUGCAAAUUUUAAAUGAGGCAGCGGCGGACACACACUGCUUACCAGCCAUAGAUCAGUCUCUGGUCGAAGCCUUUGUGCGGCUGGACACACAAUCAUCGCAUUUCGCGACGGAUGGGCCGCUCUUGCAUCUAAAAAGGGACGCGGAGGAGUGGUCAUCCGGCGAUGCGAUUCCGUUGCCUCGCAAUGUACAAGAAGCUCGACGGGAACUAAACCACGUAUUAUGCAAAGGCAUUCCGUUUCUCUCCGAGUGUUGGGUGCUCUCCGGUACGGAGAUAGAGCUCAACUUUAAUUCACUGCGCCUAACCCAACAGAGCCUCCUUGCUUCUCUAUCUCAACACAAACAGCGACUAGAAUUGUUCUGCAAAAAGUCAUAUGCCAAACUCAAUGCAAAGGAACAACGAGGGGUGGAAAUACUCCAGCUGCAGUACCUGGAUCAGAUCCUGAGUGUUAAAACUUGCUUUUUCAACGGCCCAAUUCCUGGAUAUUUGACACCUGAAUACGUGGCCUUGCUAUCCGCGCAUGAAUCGCUGAUGGCAAAGUUCCCGGAGCGUUCCACUAUCACCUUGGACAAUGGCAUCAUCCCGGGACUAUAUAUCGUGGCAUCCAAAUGUCCUGACUAUCGUGUGCGCUUACGAGCAAUCAGGGCUCUCCAGUCCUGGCCGCAUUGCGAGGGCUUUAUAAAUUCCAACAUAAUUGCUUCUUUGGCCUUGGAGUCUCUCAAACGCGAACUCGUGAAGGUGAACAAGGCCGAGCUGUCACUCAUAGUUGGGGACAACGAAGAAGAAUUGGUCCGCUUCUUGUUUGACACUCUAAGUUGCACAGAGCAGGCUGCAUAUUGGUCAAUCAUUAGAGCUUCAAAGAUUCUGCAGCAUAAGCCAUGAACCACGAAACCCUUCCUCGCAAUUAAUACCUCUUUCCGACGGCAUUCACCGUCAUUAAAAGCUUGACCUCCUGCAAAGGGAUCAAUCCUUUGUCGAUAUAGCAAGGCCAUGAUUGUAUGCUUCUAUAAAUUUAAUGAGGGCAAAUAUCCCGAUAAAUGGUACAUAUAUGCAGUCUAUUGUCAUUGAGAUUCUAUAUAACUGAAUGUGUG